UUUAAAUAUUCUAAUUCGUGGUUUAUAACACUUCGUCAUGCCACACGUCAGCACAGUACGCCCUCUGCUUGUAAUUUCAUAUUUGUAUAUAUGAUGUGGAUGGAAGAUUGGCUUAUGUAAAAAUUAUAUUAGGUUAAUCGUACAAUAUAUAUUGAGUCAAAAUAAUUCAGCAAAAUGGUACUUAUUGCUGCAGCAGUUUGCACAAAAGCAGGCAAAACUAUUAUUUCUCGUCAAUUUGUUGAAAUGACAAAAGCUAGAAUAGAAGGUUUACUUGCUGCAUUUCCAAAAUUAAUGAGUUCUGGCAAACAGCAUACAUUUGUAGAGACCGAAUCUGUGAGAUAUGUCUAUCAACCUUUGGAAAAAGUAUAUAUGUUAUUAAUUACAACAAAAGCCAGUAAUAUAUUAGAAGAUUUAGAAACAUUAAGGCUUUUUGCAAGAGUUAUUCCAGAAUAUUGUAAUUCAAUGGAUGAACUUGAAAUAGCUGAAAAUGCAUUCAAUUUGAUAUUUGCAUUUGAUGAAAUAGUUGCAUUAGGAUACAGAGAAAGUGUUAAUUUAGCACAAAUUAGAACAUUUGUAGAAAUGGAUUCACAUGAAGAAAAAGUUUAUCAAGCUGUAAGAAUGACUCAAGAAAGAGAGGCUAGAAAUAAAAUGCGUGAAAAAGCAAAAGAAUUGCAAAGACAAAGAAUGGAAGCAGUUAAAAAAAGUGGUAUUAAAAAUCCUGGAUUUGGUAAUUCUUAUGGAAGCAGUAACUUUACACCAACACUUAAUGCAAGAGAUACUAUUAAUUUUGUACCAGAACCAGUUAGACCUUCAUAUACACCAACACAAAAACCUGUCAAUGCUGGACCAGGUGCAAUGAAAUUGGGAGGAAAAUCUCGUGAUGUUGAUUCAUUUGUAGAUCAGUUAAAAGAAGAAGGAGAAAAUGUUGUAACAACUCCCUUACCUACAACUGGUGCAAAACCAACAUCACUUACACCACAGAUAAUCAAUACUGAACCAGUUCACUUACGACAAGAAGAACGUCUUAACGUAAGAAUUGGUCGAGAUGGUGGUUUACAACAUUUUGAAUUGCAUGGUUUAGUGACAUUACAUAUUUCGGAUGAAAAAUGGGGUCGAAUUCGUGUACAAUUAGAAAAUAGAGAUACAAGAGGGGUUCAAGUACAAACGCAUCCUAAUGUGGAUAAAGAAUUAUUUAGAACACGUGGUCAAAUAGGUUUAAAAAUUCCUACAAAACCAUUUCCGUUAAAUACUGAUGUUGGAGUAUUAAAAUGGCGAUUGCAAGCUCAAGAUGAGACAGCAUUACCUAUUUCAAUUAAUUGCUGGCCAUCUGAAAAUGGAGAAGGUGGAUGUGAUGUGAAUAUAGAAUAUGAAUUAGAACAGAUUAAUCUAGAAUUAAAUGAUGUUCAAAUAAAUAUUCCAUUACCUAUGGGAUGCAAUCCUAUAGUAAGCGAAUGCGAUGGACAAUAUACACAUGAAGCACGACGAAAUACACUUGUAUGGUCUUUACCAGUGGUUGAUGCAACAACGAAGUCAGGUUCAAUGGAAUUCUCAGCACCUUCUUCUACUCCUGCAGAUUUUUUUCCUCUUCUUGUUUCAUUUUCAUCUAAGACAUCAUAUGUCAAUAUUAAAGUAACUGAAGUCUUACUUGUAGAAGAUGAAAGUCCUGUUAAAUAUUCAGUGGAAACAGUUUUCUUUACUGAUAAUUAUGAAGUGGUAUAAAAUAUAUCUAUUACAUAAUAAGAUAAUUGCUCGUGCUAAGUAUGUACAAAAAUACAAAACUAGCACUGUCCAUUGGAAUUUCAAAGAUAAAGAUUUUCAGCUUAUUUAUCA